UUAUUGUUAGACAUAAAGAAGAAGAUGGGGGGGCUUUGCUGUGUGACACUAACUUCAUGUUCAGGCUAAAUAACGAUCAUAGGUCGUUAGCUUUGAACCAUUGCUGAAAUUGCAGAAAAAUUAGCUUUGAGCUCCAAAUUAAAGAGGAGAAAAGAUGAAGAAAAGUAGUGGUUGGUCUAGUAGAACUUCUCUAAUAAAGAAAUCCUCAGGAUCAGGACUUUGUCAAGGCAGUUUACCAGGCAAUGGUUUUAACCAAAAAGAAAAACCUGAGGACCAGAAAAGGAGAAAUAAAGAUCUUAUUGGAAGAGUUCGGGUGGUGGAUGAUGAUGGCGAUGAUGUCACUCCCCGCCCCCUGGUUUGCCCAGUGCCAGGAUUCCAAAAGUCCCUGGAUGAACUCUUUUCCAGCAUCCUUAAACUUUCCAGCAGCCAUCCCAUAGGUCCUACCCAAGACUCAUUGAAUGCAGAGAUUGAGGAUAUUUUUCUUGGACAGACACAUCCACCUCCACAGUUGUUUAAAAAAGGAGAUGAUGCGGAACAACAUGUAAGGGAGAAGAUGGUGGGUGAAUGUGAUUAUAUCUCGCUUACUGAAACCGAAACCAUUACGUUCCUGGACAUACCCCCCACCAUAAUCUCAGUGGUCGAUGAUGACGCAGAAGCAGUAAUACAGAGAAACCUCAGCUAUGCUGAGCUUUGCAAGAGCAGAAUGUGUAGUGAUAAGUACAUCGACAGAUCGAUGCAGACAUUAAAUGGAGCCCUUAAAAACAAACUGACCCAGAGUGAGAAGACUGGUACUGCUGGAAAGGGUAUGGCGGCUACAAACUGGGACAUCUAUGACUCUCUUUACAAGCAAAAUGAAACCUUUGAAGGUGAAGAAGCUGAUCACAAGGAGAAAUCAGUGAGCAGCAGGAGCAACACCACUGACACAGACAACACCAUCAGCUCGCUGCCAGAAAUGCAAAUUUGUGGAAGCAUUUUAAAUCCUGAGUCAGAACCAGAGAAAGAAAUUCUUCUGCCAGAGUUAUUAACAAACGUCUCAUGUUUUAUGGAAAGGACGGUUGUAUUGGACUCUUUUCAGGCCAGUUUGGCUGCUUAUAGACAGCUACCAAUAUCUGAAGGCUCUGACAGAAUGGCGAAGCAUGGAAAACACAGUGAGGAGAGUUUAGAUCCUACUCUGGAACUUCUCUGGGCAUUCACUUGUGAGCUCACCAGAGGAUACUGCAUUACCAGCAUGGCCUGGAACAGGCAGAACCCGGAUAUCCUGGCAGUAGGAUAUGCAGACUUUGACUCCAGGUGCCUGAAACCAGGUCUGAUCUGCUGCUGGACCAUCAAAAACAUCAUGUGGCCAGAACGUGUCUUUCACUGUCACAGCAGUGUGACAUCCCUGGAUUUCUCAGCUAACGACCAGCUUGCCGUGGGAAUGUUUGACGGCACUGUAGCCAUUUACAACAUCUGUAUUCAAGACAGCAGUGUUGCAUGUGUUGCUAGCAGCAGUAAAUCCUCCAAGAGGCAUCUUCACCCAGUAUGGCAGGUCACCUGGACUGCAAAAAGGCUGGAGUUAUCACUGGCAGAUGUUCUCGUCUCAGUGUCAUCAGAUGGCAGGAUUGCCAAGUGGUCCAUCAGGAGCCAUGAUCUUGACUCCACAGACCUGAUGUGGUUUAGGAGCGAUAAAGAGUGCAAAGAGGCUGCAGAGAACCUGAAGAAGAAAAAAAUGGUGCUGUCCAAACCUAAUGCUGUUUGUGUUGACUUCCAUCCAACAGACUUUGGUAUUUAUCUGGCUGGCACACAGGAGGGCCUUAUCCACAAGUCUUCCUUUUCUGAAGGUCACAGCUUUCUGGCCACUUACAAAAAGCACAUUGGCUCUGUGAACCACAUUGAAUGGUCACCAUUCAACCCCGAUGUGUUUUUGAGCUGCUCCAGUGACGAGACUGUCCAGAUGUGGAAGCAGGGCCGCCCUGUGAUGACGUUCAAGUCCAUUCACCAAGGCCCCGUGUUCUUUGCUAAGUGGUCCCCAAACUGCUCCACGAUGUUUGGAGUAGUUAAAGAAGACCAGGUGGAGAUCUGGGACCUGAAUUUGAGCAUCGUGUUUCCAACUAUUGUGCACCAUGCUGAGCCUGGUGUGAGGCUGACAUCCUUGCUAUUUGCCAGGGGGACAGAGUGUGUCCUUGUAGGGGACAGUGGAGGUCAAGUGACAGUCUACAAGCUCAAGAACUUCAGAGUGGGAGAAAGCAAGCAGGUGAACACUCUGGAUGAAAUCACCCAACAUACCAUUUCCAAAUAUUUCUAAGUUUUUGUUCAGAAGUUUCUUUGCCUUUUGACUUUUAUGUGUUGUACCCUGCGAUAAAUAAAGUUGUGG